AUGGCGGACACUGCUCUCAGAACCUUUUCUCUGGAGAACGAUGUACUGGAGGUGUCACCUCAAGACGAGAUCUACAGAUUUGAUGCCGAGGAGAACAGGCGAAUCAACCGCGAGUCUCCGUGGUCCACUGAUCCCCAUUACUUCAAGACAUGUAAAAUAUCAGCUGUCGCUCUGAUCAAGAUGGUCAUCCACGCACGAUCAGGUGUGCCGUACGAGAUUAUGGGGCUUAUGCAAGGGAAAGUCGUCAAAGACUCGCUCGUCAUCAUGGACUCUUUCGCAUUACCGGUGCAGGGAACGGAAACGCGGGUUAACGCCGCGAAUGAAGCGAACGAGUUCAUGGUGCAGUACAUUGAAGGGAGUGAACGGGUGAAAAGGAUGGAGAACGCCAUCGGCUGGUAUCACUCGCAUCCCGGCUAUGGAUGUUGGUUAUCCGGUAUCGACGUCAGUACGCAGCUCAACAACCAGAAGUUCCAGGAUCCUUUCGUUGCUGUUGUGAUCGACCCCAACCGUACCAUCUCAGCUGGCAAAGUCGAUAUCGGUGCCUUCCGAACAUACCCUGAGAACUAUACCCCUCCAUCAGCCUCUGCCUCCGAAUACCAAUCCAUCCCGCUCUCGAAGAUCGAAGAUUUCGGAGUGCACGCGAACCAGUACUAUCAGCUUGAAGUGCAGAUCUUCAAGAGUAGUCUCGACACGGAGCUUCUGGGCUUGUUAUGGAACAAGUACUGGGUCAAUACGCUCAGUCAGAGCCCACUCAUCUCAAAUAGGGCAUACGCCGUAUCACAAUUGUCCGACUUGCACCAGAAGCUCGCAAAGGCUCAGAGCUCUGUGCAGAACACUCGUGCACCUGAGCCAACUCUCUCGACUGAUAACUCGGCAUCCGACAAGAAAAAGAAGGUCGGCCGAGGCAAAGAGGACAACCAACUCGCCAAGAGCGUGAAGGACAGUACCAAGAUUGCGAUUGAAGCCCAACAUGGUCUUAUUGCACAGGUUAUCAAGGAUGUCGUGUUCUCUCUAAGACCAGGGCAACUUCCUUCCACUGCUGUGCAGGACAUCUCGGAUGUUACAGACACGACGAUGGCGAUCGGCUAA